AUGGCGUGUUCGGAGGAGCAGAGUCCAGCCAGGGACUGCAGCCAGAAAGGCAGGAGCUCGGUGUUCCUGAUUUACAGCUUCACAGCAUCAAAGGAGGAAAACGCAGUUAAGAAGUCAAAGCUUCUCAUAGAAACGCAGCUCUGCCAGGGUGACUCUGUUAUUACAGUGCAGCUGACUGAGGAAGAUAAAGUUGAAGAUGAUGUAGUUUUUUACUUGGUCUUCACUGGGUCAACUGUCCAACACUGCACAAGCACGAGAAAGAUUAAUCCUGGGAGUCUGGAGACAAUUUCUCCUGGCCAUGACUGCUGUGAGACAGUGAAGGUGGCACUUUGUGCCUCUAGAGAAGGUCAUCCUGUUCUGGUUGUGGCAGAAGAGAGUUUCCAGUUUGUCCAGGAUGAAGCCUAUGAUGCCGCCCAGUUUCUGGCCACCUGCGCCGGCAACCAGCAGGCGCUAAAUUUCACCCGAUUCUUGGACCGGUCGAGACCACCCGCUGCCGAUGUGGACUUUUUGGAUGAGAAACUGGCUUUGGCGUUUCGACACCUGAAACUGCCGGCAGAAUGGAACGUGCUGGGAGCAGACCAGUCCCUGACCGAGAAUGUCCCUCGGGAAACGCUGAUGCAUUUUGCGGUGAGGCUGGGUCUGCUGCGGCUGACGUGGUUUCUGCUCCAGCAGCCAGGUGGAAGAGGAGCUCUCAGCAUCCACAACAACGAAGGGGCAACGCCUGUGAGCUUGGCCUUGGAGAGGGGCUACCAGAAGCUGCACCAGCUUUUGACCGAGUAA